AUGGAUCAGUCACUUAUCACGUGCGAGCCACAGAGAAAGUGGAGGAGAGAAGGGAGAGCAUCAAGUCUCACCCGGCAGGUGUCGGAUGAGCGGCUGGAGCAGGACCGAGCCCCGGCGGGGCCCCGGUCCCGCACCGGGCGCAGUCCGGACUCGGCCCCAGCGCCCGCCCCGGAGCGGCUCCUCCCGCCCGCGGCGAUCCAGCGCCGCUCGUUCCGCGGGAGCGCGAGCUCCCGGGGGCUCGGGCAGGGGGCAGGGGGCGGAGGGCGCUGCUCUGCCCAGGGCGGUGCGGUGACCUCGGCGUUCCGGGCCGGGGGGGCUCCGCAUCCCCGGGGCGCUGCGGGGCCGGGCCCGCACGGGAGCGCGCUGCUGCCCGCCAGGGGGCGCUGCGCUCGCGCCGCCGCUCCGUGUCCGCCAGGGGGCGCCCCACGGGCCGGCGCCGCGGGCGGCGCUGAGGGAGCGGCGGCGUCGGGAGGGUCCCGGGGCCGGCACGCGCCCCGCCCGCUUCCAGCCGCGAUCCAGCGCCUGCUCCGGGGAACCGCCGCCCUCCUCCGGGUCCGGCACCGGCACAGCUCCGGCUCCCCGCGGCCGCACCGGGACCGUACCCGGAGCCGCGGCGGGACCCCAGCCCCGCGCCGACCGAAGCAGGAGCAAAGCGGCAGCGCCAGGGUCGGCCCCAGCGCCCGUCCCGGAGCGGCUCCUCCUGUCCGUGGCCAUCCCGGUCCUCACCCCAGCCCAAAUUCCGCACCCCGCCCGCCGAGCGAGAAGCGGCUCCGCCCGGGUCCCCUAGCAGACACCGGCAGGACCCGGACCCAGAUCUCCGGGCCCGGAUCCCGGUACCGACCCCACUUCAGCGUCUCAAGCUCUGCGCAGCGCUCCGAGCGACGAUCCCACCCCACCCCGGGCCGAGCAUCCACCGCACCAAGCGGAGCGGGCGCGGAUCCUCCGGGAGUUAUGGGCGGGGCGGAGCCGGCACAGAACCCCCUCCGGAGGAGUGGGCCCUCGCUGCCCCCGCAGUGUGAUGUGUGGAAGCCGGAGUGCCGGCGCUGUGUGUGAACAGCAUUGAGGAGCCGCCGAGCGGGUCCGGCUCCGUGAGGGGACUCCAGCUGAAACGAUACGCGGAAUAAAUAAACUUCACAACCAGAUAUAGUUAUGAAGUGGGCAUGUACGUCAGCGCCCGGCACAAGCGAGAUAGCUCUCGUGAAAACUUGUGCGCCAAGCUUCAGCCUGUCCCACAUCUUUAUUCACAAAGGUGUUCCAUAUGCAAUACUUUGCACAACUUUUCUAUGCAUAUUCAAGCCCUGGCCCCGCCUGUCCUCGCCUCGUAUGGUAAUCCGAUCCACGCCCUUCUGGGCAUGCGUUGUUUGCUGUGGUGGUCGCACGGGGGUCUCUGGUGUCUCUGAGGCUGAAGGCUGUGGUCUUCCUCAUGGCUGAACUUUUGAACUUUUCUCCUUUGUGCAUGUGCUUUUGGUCCCUUGGUGCUUAUCUGAGUACGUCUGACGGCCUUAAUUAGCUUGGAGACAGAGGAGUUCCUUUAUCUGGGCUUUUUGUAUCUCUUGGUCUUCUCUGGUAUUGUUCUAUAUGUAAGAAACUUCAGAAAUUUGCAUUUUCCUAUGCCCUUUGUACCAUGGUUAGAGGUUUCUUAAGUAAGAAGGUUAAAAUUCAACACACAGUUCAACAGGCUACAUUUUAAAUGCUUAAGUCAUAUUACUAAUUCAAGUGAACUCCAAAAAUCUCGGUUUCACAGCAAGGGCGGAGGGC